AUGUCCAGAUGGAUUGUUGUGGACGAUAAGGCCAAAGGAUUUAAUAUCUCAUAUGGCGGGGAAUUGCCUUGGAUGAUCAGCAAAGGGAUGUUGAGGGAUUCUCCAGUAGAGGGCGGCCCUCCUUUGUACAAUACACUGCAUGGCACAAAUUCCAAAGCCAACAUUUCGUUCGAUUUCACAGGCUCUGCUUUUGGGGUCUACGGUUCACGUAAUUCUUCGACACCUCGUUGGAAUUGCACAAUUGAUGGAAAACCGGUCAAACAUUUCAAUGUAUCCCGCGGGGACAACCAGGAAUUCUGUGGUGAUACCGUAAAUGAUGGAACCCACAAAUUUGUGAUGGAAAUCGACGCCACAGAGAAGGAACAAUUUUGGUUCGACUACUUCAAAGUGUUGCCACCAGCGGGUAUGAAUGUUCAAGCAGAUGUUAUCUACAGCCCAGACGAUUCGCUAGUCCACUGUGAUUCCGAUUGGGACACCAUACAAUCCGGGACAAUGACCAUGAAAAAUGGAUCUAUGAUGACCUUUAACUUCAACGGUGCUUCGUUGAGCUGGUUUGGAGUUUACAACAGCAGCCACCAUCGAGGGCGAGCAAAAGCGACAUAUAGCGUCGAUGGAGAAAAGCCUGUGUCAUUCUGGAUAGAGAACACCUCUUCGCAUAAUAUGCCUUUGCUUUCUAACCAGCCAUUCUUUCAAACUCCCAAGUACUCUGCUGGACAGCAUAGACUUGAAGUCGUAUACUACGGGAAUAGUAAAGCGACCCCAUUGACGUUACAGCAUCUGAUAGUCCAAGAUAGCUCACCGAACACACCAAUUUCAGUUUCUCCUACUACUGGGCCAACAGCAAUACCACCUUCUGAUACUGUGCCGGCAACGACGACAACAUACACCAUGCCCGCUUCUGAGUCACCCUCGCAUCAGUCAGAAAGCAAUUCCAAGAUGAUUGGAUCCAUCGCAGGAGGCGUGGUGGGCGGGUUCCUGUUCCUCGUUAUCGUCGCUGUAGGAUUUUUCCUGCUUGGACGCUGCAGGGCGAGAGUGGAGCAUCCCGAAGCAGCCUUCCGCGAUGUAAUCGAGCCGUACACACACAACCCGCUUCGGCGCUCGUCUGGGUACAAUCCUCUGCCCACUUCAACGGCAAAGCGGCCUCUGGUUCUGGGGAACAACCAAAUGGUGGAGACGACCAUCGUGGCCCCGAGGAGAAGCAUAAUUCGGAGCUUGAUGAGACGAUUUACGGGCGCGACUUUCGAUGACAGCAGGGAUACCCACAACGAGGCUAGCACAUUGCUUCCGUCACGCCAUUCACGAACGCGGACGUCGGCUAGUUGGAUUGUUAUGCAUGAGGACAGUGGUAUUCGAGUAUCUCCAGAAUUACCUAGGAUAAACACAGAUAUCAUAGAGAUACCUCCUACAUAUAGUGCUGAAUAG